GCGCUGGCGAUAGUGUACUGAAAUUGAAUGUUGGUGGAAUGUCUUUUCGUAUCCGCAUGACCAGUUUGUUUUCCCGAACAGAAGAGGAGAAGCUGGUAACGUUCGCUCAGAUGGAUCAUGAAAAGCGGAUGCGUUCAUGUGAUGCAUAUAUUGUUGAUGCUGAGGAAUAUUACUUCGAACGAUCCUCAAUACUCUUUGACGCUGUGUUCAAGUACUAUGCAACUGGGCAAUUGCAUCGGCCUCUUGAUGUUUGCCCCCAGGAAUUCGCCAACGAGUUGUCGUAUUGGAAAAUUCCAGAAGCUGUUAUGUCAACGUGCUGUUGGCGAGGUUAUAAUCAAUUAAGCGCCUCCAUUGAAGAGCUAACUCACAAGAAGGAUAAAAGUUUGGAAAUGAGGGAUCGAUCACUUCGCAUUAACCUUUCUCUAGUGAAUGAUCCAAAUGUGAUAUGGGAACCGCAUCCAGCUUUCGGCUACAUCGAGACUACCUGUAUUAUCUGGUUUACCUUUGAGUUCAUUUUGAGACUUGCCGUGACUCCUUCCAGGUUGCAAUUUAUCGUAGGAAUCAUGAAUAUUGUGGAUAUGAUAGCAAUAAUUCCUUUUUACUUGGAAUUAACGCUGGCUAUGUUUGGAGUUGAUGUUGCAAGUUUAAGUGAUAUCAAAGGUGCUUUGCUCGUCGUUCGAGUUCUACGAGUUCUUCGAGUUGUGCGGAUUCUUAAACUUGGUAGAUACUCAUCAGGAAUGCGAACUUUUGCCCUUACGCUACGCAGUUCUGCACGGCAGUUGGGAAUGAUGGGAAUGGUGUUAUCCACCGGAGUUGUUUUCUUCUCAACACUCCUCUACUUUGUUGAAAAAGACGAGGUAGACACACCGUUCACAUCCAUACCAGCAGCUUUCUGGUGGGCAAUUGUGACCAUGACAACUGUUGGCUACGGUGACUAUGUGCCAGUCACAAUCCCUGGAAAAUUAAUCGCGUCAGGAGCCAUUAUCAGCGGGGUGUUGGUAUUAGCCUUACCCAUCACAAUCAUCGUUGACAACUUUAUGAAGGUUUCUGGGAAGUAAGU